UCACAUGAAACUCCUCCUCCAGCCAGCCUCCGUCCGAGAACGCAGUUUGGCUCUGCGAAAAUUCAACAGCUUACUGUCCUUGGCUCUCCAGGUAAAACCUAAAGAAUUACUUCUCUCUGUAGUUUUCAAUCGUCUGCCAUGGCUGCGAGAAUUCUUGCGACUUUGAUAGUCUACGGCUCUGGAGCUGUGAUCAGGGCUUGUACCCAGGCAUAUCGUCAGGCACUUGCAAAUGCAUCAAAAUCUGGUGUUGCGCGAGAAGCGAUGCAUAAUAUUAAGAGAGGAAUCAGAGGGUUAACGGAACCUGAAGCUAGACAGAUUCUUGGUGUAACCGAGAAAUCAUCUUGGGACGAGGUUCUUAAGAGAUACGACAAGCUGUUCGAACGUAAUGCAAAAGGCGGAAGCUUUUAUCUCCAAUCAAAGGUUCAUCGAGCUAAAGAAUGCUUAGAGGCUGCUUACCAGAAGAAACCUGGGGGAAUCACAACAAGCGUUUGAUCAAAUAAUACUAAUAAAUACUAAUGUAGUAACCCAAUAGAAUGUCUUAGGAAACAAACACUACAAGAAAACAUGGGGAUACUGACGGACAAAUUCGUCAGAAUGUCGUCGGAAUAGGCAUAUUUUGACGAAUUUCUGACGAAACCGUCCGUCAGUAUCAUUUCGUCGGUAUUUUCAAUUUCGUCGGAAUUUCGUCAGACAUACCGACGAACUUCUGACGAAUACCGAGAAACCAUAUACUGACGAACUUGCGACCA